AUGUCUUUGGCCAGAACUCAGCCUCUUAUGCCAUUACUCUCCUCUCCAUCUUUUAUUAGCCCACCUAGUUAUUCAUUUCAGCAUACUGGGGGACCUAGCUAUCCAUUCCAGGAGACUGGGGGACCUAGCUUUCCAUUCCAGCAGACUGGGGGACCUAGCUAUCCAUUCCAGCAGACUGGGGGACCUAGUUAUUCGUACCAGCAGAGUGAUGGACCUAGAUUUCCACCACAGGUCCCCCCAGGUUUCCAGCAGACAGGGGGAUCUCGCACCACACAUCCGACACAGGUGCCCCCAUCCUUCCAGCAGACAGGGGGAUCACGUACCUCACCUACCACACAUAUACGUCCAGGCGGGGAUGAUCAUGUGGAGGUAGAUCAGGAUGAUAUUGAGCAGGUUGAGGAUGAUGUUUUGUUGGAUGGCGAUAAUCUUCAGGGGGACGAUAAUCCAUAUGAGAUUCAAAUCGUCGAUGGCAGAUAUUAUAUUACGCCUGUCAGAAAUAAUUUUACUCCGAGUCGGACAGCUGCAAAGUGUGUCAGCUAUGUGAUUCAGCAAAUGUAUAAAGAUGCUUGGACGAGAUUUGGAGAAGUUCCAAAUAGGGAUGAUUGGUUUAAAAAAUUUAAGGAAAAGUACACAUGGGAUGUUUUGAGCGAGAAGGUUGUUAAAAAAGUCUUUUUUACUAGAGCAUCAAAAAGACUUUCUGACACCUUACGACGUGUUAGAAAGCGUUGGGAACGUGAUAGUAGUUAUCCCGCUUGGAUGGGCAAAGACACUCUUGAUAAACUUCUGGUCUAUUGGGAUUCACCUCAAUUUAAAGCUAAGUCUGAAAGUGGCAAAAAAAUGAGGGCAUCUGAAAAAGGUGGGCACGUUAAUGCUGGUGGAAGUAUAAGCACAUACGAACAUAUGCGACGCAUGGAAAAGAGGUUGGGGAGAAAACCACUCAUGGUUGAGUUAGUUAAGGAGACUCGGACGAAAAAGUCGGGAGAGUAUGUUGAUGAGCGUACACGGCAAGCUUUGGAGGAUUAUCAAGAAUUGCUUGUACAACUUUUGGUCGCUAAUCCCAAAUAUACUCCUAGAGAAGGAGAGCCGCUUCAUCCAGAUGUUGAUUUCCAUAUUUGGAAUGAAGUCAUUGGCGGAAAAGGUUCUAAUGGAUGUUUUUUUGGUGGUGGAAGUAUGGCGGGAUGCUUGAGAAGUGGUGAUAGAAAUUUAUUUGAAAGAGUUAGAGAUGGGGAAGGAUCGUCACGCCCAACACAAUUGUCCCCGAAAAUGAUGGAAACAAUAAGACAAUUGGCGGUAAGUGAGACGAGACGCGAGUCAGAGCAACAUGAGAUGACGUUAAAAACCCAAUUAGAGGAGCAACAACGGAAAAUAGAGGCAAUGACGAAGAAGCAAGCGGAGAUGGAGGGGCAACAAAGACAAAUAGAGGUAAUGGCGAAUAGGCAAGCGGAGAUGGAGGAGCAAAUGCGGCUAUUUAUGCAAUUUCAUGGAAGCGGUAAUCAAAUGUUUGGUUGA